CCUCUGGCCAAUUUGUUAUUCAUAUAACAAGAUCAAAACCCAAAAUGCAACAUUUUAAAUCUUACUUGAUUUAGGCGUCUGGGGUCGGUUAAAAAAAAAAAAAAGUACGGGGUCUCAAGAGUCAAAAUACUGAAAAUAGACUAACUGCAGUUGAAUGCCAAAUCCAAAAGGUACUCUUCCAAACUAACUAGUUCCUCGUAAACUUAACACAUGCCCAUGCGUUUCCCUGUAAAAGUACGUAGUAGAUGAACCAAAUCUCAUGGUCAUGGCCAUGGUCCCUCCAAACCUUUCGUCACCUUUUGAAAACAUGCAUUACCCAGAAAGAUCUCCUCACUGCCAAGUCCCUCCACACCCUAUACAUCAAGUCCCUUAUCCCUUCUUCCACCUACCUCUCCAACCACUUCAUCCUUGCAUACUCCAAAUGUGGCCGCCUCUCUGCUGCCCGCAACGCCUUUCACUGCACUUUAGACCCCAAUGUGUUCUCUUUCAACGCCAUCAUUGCUGCCUACGCUAAAGAAUCAAGAACUGAUAUUGCCCACCAACUGUUCGAACAAAUGCCGCAACCAGACCUUGUCUCUUAUAACACUCUCAUUUCUACCUAUGCAGAUCGUGGUGAACCUGAGCCUGCAUUUCGCUUGUUUUCGGGGAUGAGGGAGAUGGGUCUUGACAUGGAUGGCUUCACUCUGUCUGGUAUGGUCACGGCUUGUUCUGAUGAUAUAGACAUUCUAAGACAAGUGCACGCUUUGACAGUGUCGGGUGGGUUUGAUUCUUAUGUUUCGGUUAACAAUGCGCUUGUUACUUAUUAUAGUAAGAACGGGUUUUUGGAGGAGGCAAAGAGGGUGUUUUAUGGGAUGGGGGAGGUUAGAGAUGAGGUGUCUUGGAAUUCAAUGAUUGUGGCGUAUGGGCAACAUAGGGAAGGAUCAAAAGCGCUGGGAUUGUUUCAGGAAAUGGUUAGGAGGGGAUUUAUUGUUGACAUGUUUACUUUGGCGAGUGUUUUGACUGCGUUUACAUGUGUGGAGGAUUUGUUGGGUGGGCUUCAGUUUCAUGCUAAGUUGAUAAAGACUGGAUUUCACCAGAAUUCACAUGUUGGUAGUGGUUUGAUUGAUUUAUAUUCCAAGUGUAAGGGUGGUAUGUCAGAUUGUAGGAAAGUAUUUCAAGAGAUUCCUGAACCAGAUUUGGUUCUUUGGAACACAAUGAUUUCAGGGUUUUCCCAAAAUGAGGAUUUCUCUGAAGAUGCUCUUGAUUGCUUUCGGCAGAUGCAACGUGUUGGUUACCGCCCUGAUGAUUGCAGUUUCGUCUGUGUGAUUAGUGCAUGUUCCAAUUUGUCAUCUCCUUCUCAAGGAAAACAGAUUCAUGCGUUGGCAAUUAAAUCCGAGAUUCCUUCAAAUCGAAUUUCAGUCAAUAAUGCUCUCGUUGCAAUGUACUCAAAGUGUGGGAAUCUUCAAGAUGCAAGGAGGUUAUUUGAUAGGAUGCCGGAGCACAAUACUGUCUCGUUGAAUUCAAUGAUUGCAGGUUAUGCUCAACAUGGUAUUGGAACAGAAUCAAUACGUCUUUUUCAGCAAAUGCUGGAGAUAGAUAUUGCCCCUACAAGCAUAACCUUUAUCUCUGUCCUUUGUGCAUGUGCUCACACUGGAAAGGUUGAGGAGGGUCAGAAUUAUUUCAAUAUGAUGAAAGAAAAAUUCAGCAUUGAACCAGAAGCAGAGCAUUAUUCAUGCAUGAUAGAUCUUUUGGGUCGUGCUGGCAAACUGAGUGAAGCUGAGAGGCUAAUUGAGACAAUGCCAUUUAGCCCUGGCUCAAUCGGUUGGGCUUCGCUACUUGGUGCUUGUAGAACACAUGGAAACAUGGAGCUAGCAGUAAAGGCCGCCAAUAAUGUUCUUCAGCUGGAACCUUCAAAUGCUGCUCCCUAUGUCAUGCUUGCCAAUAUGUAUGCCAGUGCUGGAAAAUGGGAAGAAUCUGCAACAGUUAGAAAGCUUAUGCGAGAUAGAGGUUUAAAAAAGAAACCAGGUUGUAGCUGGAUUGAGGUGAAUAAGAGGUUACAUGUGUUUGUAGCUGAAGAUAGUUCACACCCGAUGACAAAGGAAAUAUAUGAAUACUUGGGGGAGAUGUCAAAGAAGAUGAAGCGAGCAGGGUAUGUGCCAGAUGUGAGAUGGGCUUUGGUUAAGGAUGAUGAAACAGGGCAGGGAGAGAAGGAGAUGAGGUUAGGGCAUCACAGUGAGAAGCUAGCAGUUGCUUUUGGGCUGAUCUCGACUAAAGAUGGAGAGCCUAUACUUGUCGUGAAGAACCUAAGGAUAUGUGGGGAUUGCCACAACGCAAUCAAAUUUAUUUCUGCCAUUUCUGGGAGGGAAAUCACUAUUAGAGAUACUCACAGGUUUCACUGCUUUAAGGAAGGGAAAUGCUCAUGUGGGGAUUAUUGGUGAUAAUUGAGUGCGUCUAAACUUCACCAUUGCGACAGAGAAAGAGGAACCCAGUGCUGUAUCAGCUCCCGAAGAAGGCAUAACAUCUGUAACUCAUCAAUAAAGGGUAUCUACUAACCAUUGAUUCUGCUCAAACCCAUGGCACCAACCAAAAUACAAAAGCUCAUUCAAAUUGCCAAGCAAUCAAUGAGGAACCCAGUGCUGUAUCAGCUCCCGAAGAAGGCAUAACGUCAGUAACUCAUCAGUCAAGGGUAUCUACUAACCAUUGACUCUGCUCAAACUUAUGGCACCAACCAAAAUACAAAAGCUCAUUAAAAUUUUCAAGCAGUUAGUUAAGAUUCAGCAUAAAUCUACAUUAUUUUCAUUCUUGAGCCAAUCAAGUUGAUAAGAGUUUUGAUUAUUUCUUUGACUUUGUCUACUGCAAACCAUAACUGAUAAGAGUAUAGAUAGUUCACCUCGGCUUUUUCUUUUUUCUUUUUUUGCUGUCCUUUUUGUUUGUGCAUCUUUCUUUCUCUCAAGUUUUCCGUUGGUCAACAACACAACUCUCUAUAGUAAAAUUUAUUGAAGUGAACAUGAAGCCGACCCUUGUGGUUGAAUGGUGAAUCCAGGAUUUGAUCCCCCAGUAGUGGGGUGCUUAAAUGUAGCAAAAAGAAUUUCAUUGUAUGGAAUAUUUGCAUUCUGACAGGCUUAAUUUUCCCCAUGGCCUUAAACAAGCAGAUUCUUUCCCUUGGUGCA